UAUGCCCCAACAGGCUCCUUUACGCAUUAAAUUGAUUUGGAGUUGGGUUGCAUGGGAGGUCCAGUUCAGCUGGGCAGGGCUGUAGCCCGAAGCACCUUAAAAUAAACAGGCGAUAGUCGAUGACUCCGUCCGUGACAUAGCCUACGUCUGGAAGUUGGACGAGCUGCGUGCGUCAUGUGCCGCAGCUGCAGAACCGAUCGGGCUCUCAUUGUUCACACAUACUGAAAGACAACGAUUUUGCGCGCGGUGCGAGUUAUUUAAUUUGCAGGCUUCUACUCUGGCCUGAAUUCCAAAGAAAGAGCCGGUCCCCUCGCUUUCAUUUGUGUCUCUAUCCACUCAUCACCGAUCCAUCUAUCUAUCCGUCCUUCUGUCCCCCUCCUCCUCCCCUUGGGGCCGCUGGACGAAGUGAGAGGAGGCCGCGAGGAACGCUCAACCCUACUCCAAUCAGAGAGAGAGAGAGAGAGAGAGAGAGAGAGAGAGAGAGAGAAAGGACGCUCUGCCAGGACAUUUGGGCUUAUCAGUGCGGAUGAAGGUAGACUUUCCGGGGCGGGGAUGGUGAGGGACUUUUUCGGCACUGUUGCACCUCGAACAUCCAAACCAAGAUCAUGAGAGGGUGCAAGACGGCGGAGAAGCGGCCGUCAUACCCUUGUUUUUGACGACGCCGUCCGUGUGUCCCUUGUUCAGCUUCUGGAUGGCCGCGCAGGUGACUGAGAGAAGAUGAUGGUUGCAAUGAGGGAGGAUGUUAUUGAAUUCGUUUGAGACAAUUAUUUUAUCUUCAGCGCUUGACAACAAUGACACCGACAUUUCAAAGGAAAACGGUAUUUUCUUUCUCCUUUCUACUCGAGAUUGUGCACUCUGAAAUAACACGCAUUAAUAACAAAUGUCACGUUUGUCCAGGUCUCAAGGCUUGUUAGGUUGCACUGGUAAAACAACUGUAAGGUGUCGGGAGCCCCAUUAUUCCCACACACUGUGCCAAACAUUGCGGAUGUUUUUCAAAAUUAAAUAAAUAAUAGUACUAGCUUUUCCCUUGUCAAUGCUUUUUAGGUCUCCGGAACCGCGACCGUUUCCAAAAUGAACGUCACUGACGGCCAUGGGCUCUAAACCAUUUUCCCAGAUUCAUUUUCGACAAACUGAUUUAUUGAGGCCUGUGUGAUUUACAGUCGUUUAGAUUGCCAUUACAUGCUGUCAUGAGAGCAAAGACAUAAAUCGCUCACAAAGGUGCAGGAGGCUGUGGUGCGCUGUGAUACAGGCAUGAACCAUGGAGAACAUGAAACAUUCAUGUUAACUCGCUACAGUCGCCCCAUGAUUUCAUGUUGGGGGCGAAGCCUGCUUUAUACGGACAUAAGAACCGACUACGACUGAGACCCUACAGUGCAACCAGUCAGCCAACCGACCACACAUUUAAUUUCCUCACACCCACAAUUGGCCGUUGGCAGAGACGCAGAAGGAGACAGUAGCCUACAUGGGCGUCCUCGUCUGCUAAAACCAGCAUAGAACUGCUCGCCGGGUGCAGGUGUUCAGUGUAAGCUUACAAGACAACCCGUUGUGCAUAUGAGACGUUCUGAUCCAGAUGGGAUGUAAUGUUGUGUGGCUACACAGCUGAGCAUUGGUCUUCUUCUCCGCUGCUUCGUGAAGAUUGGCUUUCGGUGGUCAGAGAAUGGCGCGGUUCGGAGAUGAGGUACAGUCCAGGUAUGGCGGAGGGCCCGGCAGUGGGGGCCCGGGCGGCCGCGGUGGUAGCAGGCAAGGAGGACCCCACGGACACGUCCACGGCCACGGGCAUGGCCAUGGGCAUGGCCACGGUCCACCCGGAGGGCCCGGGACCCAGAGAAUGUACAAGCAGUCUAUGGCGCAGAGAGCCCGGACUAUGGCCCUCUAUAACCCCAUUCCCGUGCGCCAGAACUGUUUUACUGUUAACCGCUCGUUGUUCAUUUUCAGUGAGGAUAACUUCGUCAGAAAAUACGCCAAAAAGAUCACCGAAUGGCCUCCAUUUGAGUGGAUGAUUCUAGCCACCAUCAUUGCCAACUGCAUCGUCUUGGCUCUGGAACAACAUUUGCCUGAUGGGGACAAGACGCCGCUGUCCGAGCGCCUAGAUGAUACAGAACCGUACUUCAUAGGGAUCUUCUGUUUUGAGUCUGGAAUAAAGAUCCUGGCACUUGGGUUUGCCUUCCACAAAAACUCCUACCUGAGGAAUGGAUGGAACGUCAUGGACUUUGUGGUGGUGCUCACAGGGAUCCUGUCCACUGUGGGUUCAGAUUUCGACCUGCGGACCCUCAGGGCUGUGCGUGUAUUAAGACCCCUCAAACUGGUGUCCGGUAUUCCUAGCUUACAGGUGGUGCUCAAAUCCAUCAUGAAGGCCAUGAUUCCUCUGCUGCAAAUUGGCCUGCUUCUUUUCUUUGCCAUCCUCAUGUUCGCCAUCAUCGGCCUGGAGUUCUACAUGGGAAAAUUCCACACAACCUGCUUUGACAAUCACACAGGUGAGAUUCGAGAAGAGUUUCCAUGUGGGACAGAGCCUCCGUCACGGCUGUGUCCAGAGGGCACCAUGUGUAGACAGUACUGGCUGGGACCAAAUUAUGGCAUCACCCAGUUUGACAACAUCCUGUUUGCUAUCCUCACCGUCUUCCAGUGUAUCACCAUGGAGGGCUGGACUGACCUGCUCUACUAUAGCAACGAUGCCUCAGGGAGUGCAUGGAACUGGAUGUACUUCAUCCCCCUCAUCAUCAUUGGCUCCUUCUUCAUGCUCAACCUGGUGCUGGGUGUGUUGUCAGGGGAGUUUGCCAAAGAGAGAGAGCGUGUGGAGAACAGAAGUGAGUUCAUGAAGCUCAGAAGACAGCAGCAGAUUGAAAGGGAACUCAACGGUUAUCUGGAGUGGAUCUGCAAAGCUGAAGAGGUCAUCUUGGCGGAUGAUGACAAUGAAAAUGAUUAUGAUGGCUCUCGUAGAAGAGCCACAAAAAACCAUAAGAGUAAAGCUGAGCUGCUUAACCCAGAGGAAGGGGAGGGAGAUCUGUCCGUAGGGUCACCGUUUGCCCGUGCCAGCUUGAAGAGCUCAAAGCUCGAAGGAUCAGAUUUCAAGCGGCGGGAGCGACGGCUACGUUUCCUUAUCCGACACGUUGUUAAGUCCCAGGCCUUCUACUGGACCGUACUGUGUUUGGUGGGCCUUAACACUAUGUGUGUGGCUGUAGUGCACUAUGACCAGCCAGACCCACUGUCGGAUUUUCUAUAUUUUGCUGAAUUAAUCUUCCUGGGGAUAUUCUUGACGGAGAUGUGCAUAAAGAUGUAUGGCCUGGGCAAGCAGGCCUACCUCAACUCCUCCUUCAACUGCUUCGACUGCAUUGUGAUAUGUGGUAGUAUAUUUGAAGUGCUGUGGUCCAUCAUCCAGCCGGGCACAUCGUUUGGCAUCAGUGUGCUACGAGCUCUCAGGUUAUUGAGGAUUUUCAAAGUCACCAAGUACUGGGCCUCCUUGCGUAACCUAGUCGUCUCUCUGCUCAACUCCAUGAAGUCCAUCAUCAGCUUGCUCUUCCUGCUUUUCCUCUUCAUAGUAGUCUUUGCUCUGCUGGGCAUGCAGCUCUUCGGAGGACAGUUUAAUUUUGAAAAUGGCACUCCUCCGACCAACUUCGAUACCUUCCCCGCAGCAAUAAUGACAGUGUUCCAGAUCCUGACCGGCGAGGACUGGAACAUGGUGAUGUACGAUGGCAUCAAGUCUCAGGGCGGAGUCAACAAGGGCAUGGCCUUCUCUGUCUUCUUCAUCGUGCUCACACUUUUUGGCAACUACACUCUGCUGAAUGUGUUCUUGGCUAUCGCUGUGGACAAUUUAGCCAACGCACAGGAACUUACCAAGGAUGAACAAGAGGAAGAGGAGGCUGCCAGUCAGAAGAUUGCCCUGCAGAAAGCCAAGGAGGUGGCUGAAGUCAGCCCACUGUCUGCUGCUAACCUUUCCAUUGCAGCCAACAAAGUACACAGUGAGUGUCACAACGCUACCGACCCCUUUCUGGACUGUAAGGAGCAGCAGAAGAACAACAACAAGGGGAUUAACAAGUCAGUGUGGGAACAACGUACCAAGGAGCUGAGGAGACAGACUCUGGUGUCCAGUCGCGAGGCCCUCUAUAACGAGCUGGAUCCGGACGAACGCUGGAAGGCAAGGACAGGGAGGGAGGAGCAAAACAAUGUGAACUUUUCACGUCACGUCCGUCCCGACAUGAAGACCCACCUGGAUAGACCGUUGGUGGUUGACCCCCACGAGAACCGUAACAACAACACCAACAAGACCACUGCAAACAGUUCAGACCUCUGCUUCAGCCAGCAGCAUCCUGCUGAUGAGCUCCACAGACAAACACGCCUCCACGAACACGGGGGCCAAGUAGGUGGGGGUGGUGGAGGUGGCUCAGGUCCAGUCAGGGCUCCCUUGGAGAGGGGUGAGUCCACAGAGAGCAGGCGGAGUCGUAAAGGCGAGCACCACCACCCCAGCUCUCAUGUCCGAUUGGAUGCUACAGUGAUUCCUGGGCCAGGCUCGGAGGAGAGACCUUCCAGGCGCCAUCAUCACACCCGGAGUGGCAGUCGAGGGGGAGGGCAGUCGGAACACAGGAAGCCGAGGUCACAUCGAAAAAAUGCGGAUGAUGGCGAGGAUGGCGGGGGAGGAGCUGGAAAAACAGGGAGACAUAAGAACAAAGGGGUUGACAGAGGUGGAGAAGGAGGAGAGCAAGAGGGAGCUGGGGAUGGCAAUGAGAGGAGGUCAAGAAGAAAUCGCCAUGGCAACCAAACGGACGGCGAGGGGAAGAGGAUGUGUCAGCACAGAAGGAAGGAUUGCAGUGUCCCUAACCUCUCUACCACACGGCCCAUUCAAAAGAUCCUCUCCAGGCAGGACAGCCAGUACAGUGAGGAUAUGGACAACCUCAUGAAUACCAAACUGGUAUCUGGCUCUACCCCACCCAGCGAGGUUCACCCUAAUCCAGUUGCCAACCACACUGUAGCCCCUGGCUUUGGAUCUGCCCUCCAUCUUGCCAACAGUGGCACUCAUGGGAGUUUAGUCACGUUAGAUAGCUAUGGGAGCAUCGCCCAUCACCGUACCAACAGUGUCAUUAGGCUGCCCCACCCUGACUACACAGCUGUAGACAUGCCCAUUUUUCCAUCCACCAAUGCCAUACUGCAGGUCAAUAAAAAUGCCAACACAGAGCCUCUGCCAGCCAAGGAGGACAAGGACGACGAUGACGAUGAUGAGAAGAGAAGGGAAGGAGGACCCAGGCCCAUGCCUCCCUACAGCUCCAUGUUUAUUCUGUCCACCACCAACCCGUUUCGGCGGGCGUGUCACUACAUCUGCACCCUGAGUUAUUUUGAGAUGACUAUCCUGCUGGUCAUUGCCAUGAGCAGUAUGGCCCUGGCUGCUGAAGACCCUGUCUGGCCCGAAUCCCCUCGCAACAAUGUCCUACGCUAUUUUGACUAUGUCUUCACAGGAGUAUUCACAUUUGAGAUGCUGAUAAAGAUGGUGGAUCUGGGCCUGGUCUUGCACCAGGGCUCUUAUUUCCGGGACCUGUGGAACAUCCUUGACUUUAUAGUGGUUAGUGGUGCUCUGGUGGCCUUCGCCUUCACCAGCGGCGGCGGGGGGAGCAGUAAAGGAAAAGACAUCAGCACUAUCAAGUCUCUUAGGGUACUGAGAGUCUUACGACCUCUGAAGACUAUUAAACGUCUUCCCAAACUUAAGGCUGUGUUUGACUGUGUGGUGAACUCUCUGAAGAAUGUGCUCAACAUCCUGAUUGUCUACUUACUCUUCAUGUUCAUCUUUGCUGUGGUGGCUGUGCAGCUUUUCAAGGGCCGCUUCUUUUACUGCACUGACGAAUCCAAAGAGUUUGAGCGCGACUGCAGGGGCGAAUACCUGGUGUAUGAACGUGAUAACGAAGUGAAGGCGCAGAAGCGGGAGUGGAAGAAGUACGAUUUCCACUACGACAACGUGGCUUGGGCCCUACUCACCCUCUUCACUGUGUCUACCGGAGAGGGGUGGCCGCAGGUGCUGAAGCAUUCAGUGGAUGCGACUUAUGAGAACCAGGGCCCGAGCCCGGGGUACCGGAUGGAAAUGUCCAUCUUUUACGUGGUGUACUUCGUGGUCUUCCCCUUCUUCUUCGUCAACAUCUUCGUGGCUCUCAUCAUCAUCACCUUCCAAGAGCAAGGAGACAAGAUGAUGGAGGACUAUAGUUUAGAAAAGAACGAGAGAGCCUGUAUAGACUUUGCCAUCAACGCCAGACCUCUGACACGCCACAUGCCUAAGAACAAGCUGAGCUUUCAAUACCGAAUGUGGGAGUUUGUGGUGUCGCCGCCAUUUGAGUAUACUAUCAUGGCAAUGAUCGCGCUCAACACAAUCGUACUGAUGAUGAAGUAUGACGGAGCUUCUGAUACCUAUGAAGCUGUGUUAGUCAACCUGAACAUAGUGUUUACCUCCCUCUUCUCCAUGGAGUGUGUACUCAAGAUCAUCGCCUUUGGAGUACUGAAUUAUUUCAAAGAUGCCUGGAAUAUUUUUGACUGUGUGACAGUUUUGGGCAGCAUUACUGACAUCCUGGUUACAGAGCUUGGGAUGAAUAAUUUCAUCAACCUAAGUUUCCUGAGGCUGUUCAGGGCAGCUCGUCUCAUCAAGCUACUGAGGCAGGGAGAAACCAUCCGCAUCUUGCUCUGGACCUUCGUUCAGUCCUUCAAGGCACUGCCUUAUGUCUGCCUUCUUAUUGCCAUGCUGUUCUUCAUUUACGCCAUCAUUGGGAUGCAGCUUUUUGGGAAUAUCGCUAUUGAAGAAGAAGGAGAGAGCGCCAUCAACCAGCACAACAACUUCAGGACCUUUGUACAGGCUCUUAUGCUGCUCUUCAGGAGUGCGACAGGAGAGGCGUGGCACGAGAUCAUGCUGUCGUGUCUGGGGAGCAAGGAGUGUGACCCCCUGGCAGGGAAUCCAGAACCAGAGUGUGGGAGCCAGUUUGCUUACCUGUACUUUGUCUCCUUCAUCUUCUUCUGUUCAUUCUUGAUGCUGAAUCUGUUUGUAGCCGUCAUCAUGGACAACUUUGAGUACCUGACAAGAGAUUCAUCUAUACUGGGACCUCACCACCUGGAUGAGUAUGUCAGGAUAUGGGCCGAGUAUGAUCCUGCUGCCUGCGGCCGCAUUCAUUAUAAGGACAUGUACAGUUUAUUACGGGUUAUCGACCCGCCUCUCGGCUUAGGCAAGAAAUGCCCCCAUAGGGUGGCCUGCAAGAGACUGCUCCGUAUGGAUCUGCCUGUGGCCGAUGACAACACGGUCCACUUCAACUCCACUCUCAUGGCCUUGAUCCGCACAGCACUGGACAUCAAGAUCGCCAAGGGUACGGAAGGUGGUGUUGACAAGCACCAAAUGGACGCAGAGCUGAGGAAAGAGAUGAUGGCAAUCUGGCCCAACCUCUCCCAAAAGACUCUGGAUUUGCUGGUUACGCCACACAAGUCAGCCACAGACCUGACAGUGGGGAAAAUCUAUGCUGCUAUGAUGAUCAUGGAGUACUACCGGCAGAGCAAGAUCAAGCGCUCGCAGGCUCUUCGGGAUGAGCAGAAUCGAACGCCAUUACUGUUUCAGCGCGUGGAGCCACCUUCCCCCACCCAGGAUGGGGGUCCGGGACUUAACAACGCCCUCCCUCCACCUGAGACAACAGAGACUGUCAACGGCCUGCCGGUGGAGGGGGGGGUCCCGGAGAGCCAUUCAUGGGUGACGGCUCGUGCUCAGGAGAUGUCCCAGAAAGUCGGCAGCUGGAGCCCUGAGGGACACCCUGAGGAUGGCCUGGGAAGCAUGACCAACUCUCAGACGGUAGAGAUGAGAGAGAUGGGGCAGGAUGGUUACUCGGAUACUGAGCACUUUCCGCCAAUGGAAGGCCAUGGCAGGGCCGCUUCCAUGCCCCGCCUCCCAGGCGACAACCAACAGCGAAGGAAAGGGAGACAACGUGGCAGUAACCUCAGUACCAUCAGUGACAGCAGUCCAAUGAAACGUUCGGCUUCGUCACUGGGCCACAGCAGGUCUGGGCGGGGACACAGAGACAAAGGAGGGGCAGACGACUACAACAUGGAGUGUGUACCUGAGGAGGGGAGGACUUCCAGACAUGGACAUCGGCGAAAAGACCGGAGUCAUCGGGCGUCUGAGAGGUCCCUCUGUCGUUACACGGAGGCUGACACAGGCCUCGGCACAGACCUGAGCACUACCACCCAGUCAGGGGACCUCACGGCCAAAGACAAGGAUCGUGACAGAGAUCGCGGCCGGUCCAAGGACCGUAAGCACCACCACCAUCACCACCACCACCAUGGCUCUGUGGACAAGGAGCGCUAUGUAGCAGAACGAGGGGGAGAGUUUGGACACAGGCACUCCCGCGACAGAGAGCAUGACCGGGAGAGGGAGAGAGAAAAAGACCGACGCUGGUCCCGAUCGCCCAGCGAGGGCCGCGAUGGCCGUGAGUGCAUGACGCACAGACAGGGCAGUAGUUCGGUCAGCGGAAGUCCGGUCCCCUCAACCUCGGGGACCAGUACGCCACGUCGAGGCCGUCGACAGUUGCCUCAGACGCCUGCAACACCCCGGCCCCAUGUAACCUACUCCCCUGUGGUCCGUAAGGCCAUGCCCACACCACCUGGGGGCCCACAGGGCCGACCCCCAGCCCCUGCCCCCCGUCACUUUUCUCCUGAACCUCCCCAAGGCCAGGGCCCUCCCCCUGCUGGCCUCCCACUAGCCCACCAUGGCACAACCCGCCAGGGUCAUCAUCCCCCACCUCGCUGGGGAGACUCAGGUGGAGGAGGUGGCUCCAUGGAAGGGGAUGGCUGCUUCUACAACCAGGACUACCAGGACUAUGAGCCCCACCAUGAACCACCUGCCUAUGAGCAGAGCCCCAUGCAGGGUAGCAGCCCCCACCCCCAUGCCCUGGCCAACCACCCAUUGCCGCCUCCCCCACAGCCACAGCCACAUAACCCCCACCCACCUCCCCAGCCACACCCUGUAAACAAUCCCCACCCUCAUCCACCGCCCCACCCACAGCCCAGUCGCACCUCACCUAGGACUGCCGGCCAUGCGCCCCCUCCGACCACCGCCCUAACUGGGCCUGUUCAGGGCCAGAUGCAGCCUGCUACCCAGCGCCGCCUACCCAAUGGUUACCGCUCUUCAUCCCCUUCCACACAUCUCCAUGGACCCCAACAUACUGGGCCCCACAAGGUCCCUCCUCCAGCUGGGCAUCCUAGAGGUCCCCGCAAGGGCCUGCAUGAACCCUACAGCGAGACGGAGGACGACGACUGGUGCUAGCCUCCGGGGAUGGGGGAGGGGCGCAAAAACAAUUGAUAGAUGGACCGAAAGAUGGGAAGCUCUAAGCCAGUGCUCUGACUGCCAGGGGAAACAAUGAUUCUUUCUUACUUGCCUGUUCAAUUUUUUUUUUCUCUCCUCUACUGCUCGGCAUGUCCCAUUGAUGGUGGUCUAGAUGAAGGGGUAGGUGUCAGGAUCGAGGGCUGGAACAAGAAUGCUGAUGCAGGAUCUGGAGAAACAAGUGGUGAAAGGGGAAACCAUGCACCUCCAUGUUCUGCUUGCAUUAUUGUUGCAUUCAUAUCUUGAUGCCAAAUAAGACCAACCUCCAACUGCAGUUUUUAAGGAUGCAAGCAGGAGGGGUAAUGGACACUAGUCUUUGUGUGUCUUAAAUUAUGCCUCUGGCAACGAGCUACAGCCACUUACAAGAUGUCAAGAUUUGCGACCCGACAAAAGACACUUUACAGUCAGAGACAAAAGAACGACCACUGUUUUGUUUUUGCUUAUCAAAGCUAACUUCAGUUAAGUUAGGAAUCCAAUCCAACCCUCCCAGCCACCAGUUGAAUAUUGAUGAGUUUUAUCAUCUGUGUUUUUAAAUAAGAACAAAACUGACAAUGAGCCCCCCACCUGUAUGAGGUGAGGAGGCUAAGUGGGUGGGAGAGUUGGGGAGUGCUGCGUGGGGUCGACAAGUCCCUCGGUCAAAAUCUAGAGGACAGGAUGGGUGUGUUGGUGUUGUUUAGCGUGGUCCCUGGAGAACACCCUCCUCGCAGAAUCAAACUGUUUAACUAACCUCAACCCAUGACCUAUGAGAGAAGAAAAACGUGGAGAUGGGUUUCAGAAACAACAAAAACAGACAAACCAAUAACUGUUUUCUGCAGUAUUUCUUCUUCUAUUCCUGCUUCUUCUUCCUCCUUCUCUUCUACUUCUUCAAAACAUUGAAGCUUGAAUCUUCUGUUGCACCCAAACACAGCUUCGUUUUUUAGACUUGCGGAGUUGUACACCUUGUGGAAUCCUGCAUGAAUGAUAAAAAAAUAAUAAUAGCAACAAUGAGAAUCAACUGUAUGUGGGGGCAAAUUUUACCUGGUCCUUGCUGUUGUGGUCUGCAGGGCUUCUCUCUUUUUUUUUUAGUAAAAAAUGCCUUUCUGUUUCUCUCUCUCCUCUGUAUGACAUUCUUCUCUCUGUACCUUCAUUACACUAAAAUCAAGUGAUAGAGGGCUAUGGGGAGAAUACUGUAUUACUGUAUGUAAAACUAGAAGGAACGAAAUGAUUACUUUUUGCUUGCUUGUCUGUAUGUUCUGUGCCAGAUGCCUGCCACUGACACACAUGGAAUUGCACAUAUUUUUUGUGGAAGUAACUUUUUGUAACUAAGGGGAUAAAGCGAUAUGCCGGGAAGCAGGGUAAAGUGGAUCAAAGAUGUGAUGUCCAUAUUGGUGACCAAGUCAGACAAAUCAGUAACAUCUCAAAGUCUUCCAGGGUUUGGGGUUAAAACAGAGACAUCAGAGGGAAAGAGACUAAUAGAAAGGCAGAGAAAGGAGAGAGACUCUUCAUCUUUGUUUUGUAUGAUUAUUGACUGUAAUGAUGGAUAAACAGAUAUUAUAAUAUUAACUAUAAAUGAUCAUGAUGAUCGUGAUAAUGAGACAGAUUCUGCAUAUUCCGUCUGUACAUUCUGUUCUGUACGUUUGUUUUAUUUUGAGUUCAGCUUAUCAUUUUUCCAACUCUGAGGUGGAAUUCUAACCCAUAGUUGCAUUGUGGGAGAAUGAGUCUGCAGCACGGCAAACAUGAGACAGAGAUUACCCAAAGCAGUCUGUAGGUCUGUCUUUUUUGUCACUCUUUUUCAAAGACUAUAUAGAGUUUAGACAGCGGGGUGAAUUUGAUUGUGAGCCCCAUUUUAAAAAUGUGUCAAACACAGCAGUUCCCGACAGGAUUCUGCGUUGAUAUGGGUGAGUCUUCUCACCUGCAGAUACUGAAGCAGAGUUCCACCACCGCUUUGUGAUCGUCUGGUGGCGCUGUACGACAAACAGUGUCCCUCUAGUUUUUGUACCUCUCCUUUUACUGCACUUCUGAUUCAGAGUUCUACACUGUCAGCGCACCAAGAAUACAGUUUAGCUCAUUCCGUCACUUGUAGACCAUCUCGUGUGUGUUCACCACGUGUUAACACAGGCGACCGAAUUGCACAGUUCAGAAAAGUUGGAGAAAAGAUGCCUGGGCCUCGUCGAGGUCCUGGAAAACAUCUGUGUUCUGUGUGCGUCACUUCUGUACAUCUUUAAUUUAUUUCUGUGUUUCUCUGUGUGCCUCAAACUAACACUCGUCACUAAUGUACACCACUGUCAGCCCCAACAUAGUUAUUAUUUUUAUUCAUUUAACCACUACAUUUUUUUUUUACCUGGAGGCCUAUCACACGUUGACCAGAGAAUGCACUGAAAAAAAGAAAAGACAAAAAACUGCCUAUUAGUGUCUUUCCAACCUCAGUGGAAUGUCACAGACAAGUAUUUUUUCACAUCACUACAUGUAAAAUCAGAAAGCACACUAUGUAUGUAGCUCCUCGUUACAGUGUGUGUGUAAGUGUUUUUUUUGCGUGUGUGUAUGUACAUGAAUGAGUGUGUUUCAGAUCAAUUUUUUUGUGUUUUAAUUUUGUGCUCGCUUUGCUUUCUAUUCUUUUGUCUCCAGAAACCCUUUUGAAAUCUUAAAAAUCAUUGUAACAAUCUUCAACUCUGUGUGUUUGUGUGUGUGUGUGUGUGUGUGUGCGUGUGUGUGUGUGUGUGUGUGUGUGUGUGUGUGUGUGUGUGUGUGUGUGUGUGUGUGUGUGUGUGUGUGAUGUAAGUAACCCCUGAAUGAAAGCCCCAAAGCAUUCACCAUCCAUCUUUAUGUCUAUGCUGCAGUGAAAUCCACUAACACGCUGAUUAACCACACAAAGUCUACAAAAAGCAAUGUAAAGCCGCUACUGAGAAGAAGAAAACGUUUUUUAAGUACAAAAGAUUUAAAAAAAGGAAAAAAUAUUUAGUUCCAGAAAUGCAUGUGCUAUGUGCAUGCCACACCGUGGGUUAACAGUCAUCUUCAGGACAUAAAAGAAAAAGCAGAUUAAUGAAUUCAGAGGAAUUUAAAAAAAAAAGAAAGAAAUAUAAAUAGAUAGAUGUUUUUAAAAAGCAACGUUUCCUUUUUUCCUUCUAUUUUUGAGAACAAAAAAGGUUAAAAAUUAAAAAAAAAAAAAAAAAAAAUGUCUACAGAAUGAAAACACAAAAGAGACUUUGGUGAGAGUUUUCUUCUGUUACAUGGGGUUGAGGCACAACACAACCAUGUUCAGGACACCACAAAAACGAACUGUUUUAAAAAAAUAUAUAUACAAAGAAAAGAAAGUACAGUUCAUAAGAUGGUGUAUUCUCCCUUCUGCUUUUUGUGGAGGUCAGGGGGUGCAGGAGGUAGCCAAGUCUGAUGAUGUACUGUAUUAAAACUGGCUGUGGAACCUUUGAUCUCUCACUCACUCCCUCUUUUUUCUCUCUCUCUAACUCUGUCUCUCUCACACUCUUAUCUGUCGCACUCUCAAACUGUCUCACCGCUAUUUCUACCAGUGCAUUUUGUAAUUCCAAACAGAACUCUUCCUAAAGAAUAAAAUCCAGAGAGAAUGCA